GGUAGUACAAGUAUUUGACUUGAAGCAUCAUCAAUACUAACAAAGCAUCCAUCCGGACACACAAUCAACACCAAACCAAAACAAACCAAAUGGUUCCUUCCGACAAAGCUCGAUCUGAGUCUGGUCUCUGACUGAACAACAACUACAAGUGUAUGUUGUGUUAGCUAGAUAGAUAGAUAGAUACACUAUUGAUUCACUCACUCACUGAGAGUUACAGUACAAAGCAGUUAGAAAAAGUAUGAAUAGCUCUGGGGGUGGCAGUAGUAACGGAGGAGGUGUAGGGAUGAUGAUGGGUUACAGUAAAUCAUCACCAUUCACAGUGUCUCAGUGGCAGGAACUUGAACAUCAAGCUUUGAUCUUUAAAUAUAUGGUUGCUGGUCUUCCUGUUCCACCUGAUCUUGUCCAUCCUAUUCAUUCCAGCUUUCACUCUCUUUCUUCUAAUAAUUUCUUUCACCACCCUAUUCCUACCUUGAGUUACUGUUCCUUCUAUGGGAAGAAGGUGGACCCGGAGCCAGGAAGAUGUAGGAGGACUGAUGGAAAAAAGUGGAGGUGCUCGAAGGAAGCAUACCCAGACUCCAAGUACUGUGAGCGCCACAUGCACCGUGGCCGCAACCGUUCAAGAAAGCCUGUGGAAUCACAAACUAUGGCACAGUCGACAUCCACUGUGACAUCGCUGACUGUCGCUGGUGGCAGCAGCAGAGCUGGUAACUUCCAGAACAUUCCCACAACAAAUGCAUUUGGUAGUGUUCAAAAUACUACAGGUUCUGGAACCGACCGUGCCGAUUAUCAUCUUGAUACCAUUCCCUAUGGGAUUCCAAGUAAAGAAUACAGGUAUCUUCAAGGUCUUAAAUCUGAGGGUGGAGAACAUAGCUUCUUUGCAGAAGCUUCAAGAGGAGACAACAAGGGUCUCCAAAUGGAGUCGCAGCUGGAAAACACAUGGCCUUUGAUGUCAACUAGAGUUGCCUCUUUUUCUGCAUCAAAAUCAAGCUGUAAUAAUUCCAUGUUGCAGAGUGAUUAUCCCCAACAUUCAUUUUUAUCUAGUGAAUAUGGAUCUGGAGAAGCUGUGAAGGAAGAGGGCCAGCCUCUUCGACCCUUUUUCAGAGAAUGGCCUAAGAGCAGAGAGUCAUGGUCUGGUUUGGAAGAUGAGAGAUCCAACCAAACAGCAUUCUCCACAACUCAACUUUCAAUAUCCAUUCCUAUGUCAUCGUCUGAAUUCUCUGCCACAAGCUCUCAGUCACCACACGAUAACUAGAGCAGUCAUCCAGGACCUUCGAUGCAAUUUUAUGGAAGGACCAAACAAAUCUAGUUGGAUAAGUGUGAUUCAAUCGAAUCCUGUAUUCGUGUAUUUUCUUUCGUUGAAGCUGAUAUGUGUACAACUUUAUGUAACCUCAGCGGUUUGUUGUAAGAAACACGAACACCUUACUACUCAUCUUGUGGGAGGAGUGAAUGUUUGUACUUUGUAGAACUCUGGGGCAUUCUUCGUUUUGUAUUUAACGAGCGAGUAGAAACAUUUUCGAUCUGAAUUGAUAUAUGCUGAAUAAAGUUGCUGGUUUUGUUCUUGAAUA